AGAAAGAUAAAAAUAGCCCUCUCUCCGUCGCGACUAGCGUAUCAGAUAAGAUAUAUAUCCUAUACCGAACGCCGAACGUCUGGGUGUCGGGUGUUGGGUGUCUGGAUGUACCAUCCAGUGUAGGCAAGAACGUUGAAAGAACGACCUCGCGAGUUUGACUGGAUCUACAGUGCAAGAGAACAGAGUCGUCUGCUAGAAAGACACUGAGCUUUUAAAAAAAAACAGGAAAUAUCCGCGCUCACCGAAAUGCCCAACAUAAUAAAUGACAUAAAACUGGACUUUAAGGACGUGCUGCUGCGCCCAAAACGGAGCACGUUGAGAAGCAGAUCUGAUGUCGAUCUUUUUAGAGAAAUUACAUUUCGUAAUUCUAAACAAACAUACAGAGGGAUUCCUGUAAUGGCAUCUAAUAUGGAUACAGUUGGAACAUUUGAAAUGGCAAAAGCUUUAUCAAAACAUGGUCUUUUUACUACGAUCCAUAAAUAUUAUACCGCAGAUGAAUGGAAAAGCUUUUCCACCUUAAAUCCCGACUGCAUAAAGAAUGUAGCAGCCAGUUCAGGAACAGGAAAUGAAGAUUAUGAACGACUUUCAAGCAUCCUAGAAGCCGUGCCAGAAUUAUCAUUUAUAUGCUUGGACGUUGCAAAUGGAUAUUCACAACAUUUUAUUGAAUAUGUAAGAAAAGUAAGGGCGCGAUAUCCGAAUCACACUAUAAUUGCAGGAAAUGUUGUAACAGGAGAAAUGGUGGAAGAAUUAAUACUUUCUGGAGCAGAUAUAAUUAAAGUAGGAAUUGGUCCAGGUUCUGUAUGCACAACGCGGAUGAAGACUGGUGUGGGCUAUCCCCAAUUAAGUGCUGUAAUUGAGUGUGCAGAUGCGGCACAUGGCUUAAAGGGACACAUUAUUGCUGAUGGUGGAUGUACUUGCCCUGGAGACUUGGCGAAAGCAUUUGGUGCUGGCGCGGACUUCGUCAUGGCAGGUGGAAUGUUUGCAGGUCAUGACGAAUGUGGGGGCGAAGUUAUAGAAAAGAAUGGAAAGAAAUUAAAACUUUUUUAUGGAAUGUCCUCCAAUACAGCCAUGAAGAAGCAUUCUGGUGGUGUUUCGGACUAUAGAUCUUCGGAAGGAAAAACUGUCGAAGUGCCUUAUAAAGGUUUAGUCGAGAAUACUGUGCUGGAUAUAUUAGGUGGCUUAAGAUCUGCUUGCACUUACACAGGAGCAGAGCGUUUGCGCGAAUUACCGCGACGAGCGACAUUUAUACGCUGUACGCAACAAUUAAAUCCUAUGUACGGUCCACCUCCAGAAAUGUAAAAUGUUAUACAAUUAUUAAAUUAUGCUCUCUUUAGAGAAAGCUUAGGAAAUAAAAUUUUAAACGCCAA